AUGGCAGAUAAUACACAGCCAGUCCAGUUAGUCGAGAAAGAAGGUGCCAGCGACGCCAUGCAUCAGGAACACAAGGAGGGCCUCAAUGAGGGCGUCAAGGAGGGCAUCAAGGUAGAGACUGUUCAGGGUUCAGUGGCUCUCGACAUUGCCAGGCGCACCGAUCCGCCGAAUCCCUGGAGCGCUCAAAUGAGGAAGCUAUAUUUAUUCAUGGCUGUGGCAUAUCUUUGCUCAGCCUUAAACGGCUUUGACGGCUCGCUCAUGGGUGCUCUGCUUCCCAUCCCGCAGUUUCGUGACACUUUCGGCGCUGGCUUGGGAAUGUAUACGAUUGGAGGUGUCUCCGCACUGCCAUUUGUCGGAAUUAUCCUCGAUACUUGGGGUCGACGAUCUGGCAUGUUCCUUGGAUCCGCCGCCGUCAUCGUCGGUACUAUUCUUGGUGGCACUGCCAACAAAAUGGAUCAAUUGCUCGCCAGUCGAUUCUUCCUCGGUCGGGGAUACUCCUUGGCCUCCGCUGCCGCACCCGCCUACGUCGUCGAGAUGAGUCACCCCGCCUACCGUGACAUCCUGACCGGUCUAUACAAUUGCCAGUACUUUGUCGGCGCUAUUGCCGCUGCUGGCGCCUGUCGAGGAUGUCUGAAAUACCAGAGUUCUCUCGCGUGGCGCAUCCCCAUCUGGUGUCAGUUGAUCUCGUCCAGCAUGGUGGUAUUGAGUGUCUGGUUCAUCCCGGAGUCACCCCGAUGGCUCUACAGCCAUGGACACCGCGAGAAAGCCUGGGAUGUUAUUACCAGGUAUCACGGCGAGGGCUCCCGGGAUAAUGCCUAUGUCCAUCUGCAGGUCCGAGAAUAUGAAGAGGCGAUCAACCUUGAAGGCGCGGAUAAGAAUGCAUUCGACUUCAGAUCUCUCAUUGGCACAAAGGCCGCGAGAUGGCGCCUCAUGUGUGUGGCUAUUGCAUCUUUCAUGAGUCAGUGGGCACAGGCUGGUGUCACAACCUACUACAUCGGCGGGCUUUUGGCGUCAGCUGGUAUGACUGAUACCGCGCAAGUGCUGAACGUCAAUCUUGGAAAUACAGUCCUUUCCGCUGGUCUCGCCUAUUUGGGAAGUUAUCUGGGCCCGAAAAUCCAACGCAGACCUAUGAUGAUGGGCGCGUCGGUUGCUUGCUGUAUCUGCUUUGCGUGUUUUUCCGCCACAACCGGGGUGUUCGCGAAGUCAGAGGAUGCAGGAGCGGCCACUGCCUCUAUCGUGUUCAUCUUCUUGAUUGGCGCUUGUUUCAGCUUUGCCUGGACCCCUUUGCAAGCCAUGUACGCCGUCGAAUGUCUUUCAUAUGAAACUCGCGCCAAGGGUAUGGCCAUGUACUCCGUCUUCACCAAUAUUGCCUUGCUGGUGAAUCAGUUCGGAGUCGGAAAUGCCAUCGACGUCAUUGGCUGGCAUACGUAUAUCAUUUUGGCUGGGUGGAACAUUGUCCAGGGAGUGUUCAUCUACUUCUUCGCUAAGAAGAGUACUGAAGCACGACAGGUCUUGGUCUCUGAGAAUGAGAACCAGGUGGUGGAGGUUAAGGGUGCAUAG